AUGGGCUCCAACAUCGACAGCCUCACCAUCUCCACCCUGAACUCCCGCUGGCAGAGUCUCCUCUCAAGAACAUCCCUCGCAACACCACCCACCCGCCCCCCUCUCCUCCGCCUCGUCGUCGGCCUCAAAGACACCGCCAUCCCCAACAUCGCCCACCAACUAACCUACGCCGCCACCGAAGCCGGCAAACUCCUCGGCCUGCGCAACCUCCUGCACCCCUCCGCCCCCUCCGACCCAUCCAAACCCUCCCUGCGCCCGCCCUUCCUCGUCUUCACCCAAACCAUCCCCCGCGCAAUCGCCCUGCACUCGGAACUCCUCUACGACAUCCCGCCCGAAGCCGGCGGCAGUUCACGCAUAGCGGUCCUGCACGCCGACCUGAGCAGUUCGGCGCGCGACGCCGUGAUGACGCGCUUCCGCCGCGGCGACGUCUGGGUGCUCAUCACCACGGACUUGUUAUCCCGCGGCGUCGAUUUCCGCGGCCUCAACGGCGUCGUCAACUACGACGUGCCCACGUCCGCUGCGUCCUACGUGCACCGCGCGGGUCGCGACGGCGGCGUCGCAGUCACUUUCUACACCAACGACGACAUCCCGCACGUCAAGCUCGUCGCGAAUGUCAUCAAGAAGAGCCAGCGCGGGAAAGAUGGCGAGGGCGAUGUUAAGCAGUGGCUGCUCGACGCCCUGCCGGAUGUGGGCAAGAGGGAGAGGAAAGAGUUGAAGCGCAGGGGCGUGGAGAGUCGGCGGAAAGAAGGCAAGGGGAGCAGGAUCAGUACCAAGAGCGGGUUUGAGAGACGCGUGGAAAAUAAUCGGCGCGGGGCGCGGGAGGGGGUGAAGCGGAGGGCGGCGGUGGCGGGAAAGGAGAGUAAGGAGGGUGAAGCCGAGGGGGAGGAGAGUGGCUUUGAGGGGUUUGAAUAG